CGCGGAAGUCAAGCGAGGCGGGCGGGUUGCGAGAACGGAGAAGGCGGGGGAGGGCAGCGGUGUCAUGUGCGCAGCCCCCAGUCGAGCGGGGAGCGGCGGGUCGGGCAGGGAGCGUUACGUGCGGGUUUUUGAAGCUUGUGAUGAAGAUAAGAAAGGAUAUUUAAGCAGAGAGGACUUUAAGGUCGCUGUGGUGAUGCUAUUUGGUUACAAACCAUCAAAGGUGGAGGUGGAUUCAGUAAUGGCCUCAGUGCAACAAAAAAAUUCAGGUGUAUUACUUGAAGAAUUUUUAAAACUUAUGAGUACAAAGAAGGCUGCACAACUACACCAUAGUGAAAUAAGGCAGAUAUUCACAGCUUUUGACAUGCAAUAUAAAGGAUUUUUGACUUUGGAAGAUUUCAAACGAGCCUUCAAUUCUGUUGCUCCAAAGUUACCUGAAAGGAUCAUAGUUGAAGCUUUCAGCUGUGGAGAGACUUAGAAGGAACCCCCUCCACUCCUCCCCUUGUUUGAUAGUCUUUUGGAUGGUGUCAAAGGUGGUAAUAACUGUCCUUUGGGGCAAAAGAGAAGUUAGUAGAAAUGGAUUGGAGCUGCUGCUGUUAAAGUCUGAUACCGUUUUAUCCGAAGCGGUGUUCGUGAUUCGGCUGGAGCUGAUAGAUCUGUUAAUGCAUCUGGGUACCUUUCUCUGGCCUGGUCUGGUAAAGACAUAUCUCAGGAUUAGGAUGAUGAAGGCCUGGAGUCCCAGGAGAUGUGGGGAGGACGGGUGGGAACCAUGGUGAUGAAGCUUGCUUCAGUAAUCUCUGACUGUUUUUCAGCUCCAUCUGUUCAUUCAGUCUUUUCCUCCCAAAGUCUCUUUCUUUAAAGACCCCCAAAGGGAAUGGUGUGUGGAAUAGCCCAUCCCCUUAUUUAUUUUGUGCACUAAUUAGGCCUAAUACACAACACACCAAUUUUGGUUCAUGAACUUCUGGCCAUCAUCUGUUUUUAACAAGCAUAAUUUCAACAGUCCUUUGAUUAUAUCAAUGUGGCCUUUUUAUUUUAGGCUAAUCCAGUUUCUCGGUCUGGUUUUCUGGCACCUAUUCCCAUCAACACUUGUUGUUACAGGUUAUUGUGACAUUUUAUGAUCUCCCACUCACUUUUUACAGUUAAAUUUACAAUUAGAGUAGAUUUGAAGGCUUUAUUAUCACAACAGCACUCACAAAGAGAAAGUUAUUUGAUCCACAGUUCAAAAGUUUUGUGGGAAUUCUUAUAUUACAGGAAUGUUUCUCCCUCUAUCCAUUUCAGAUGGAUGAAGUUCGAGUGAUUUAUAAAAAUGUUCGGGUGGCUUUUUUUUUUAUUUUUGGCUAUCAGUUGCAUAAUUAGAGUCCCAAAGCUGCAUUCCAGUAUGCAGGAAGUAUGAGUUUUGUCUGAACUAAUGUGAUAUCAUAUAUAUGUUUUGUUCCUAUAGAAAUUCGUAAUAGAUUCUUAUAAUACUCACAAUAUUCAUUGUAUUGAGUCUUAAAAUGAAAUUGUACUGUAUUUGUUCCAAAGACUCCAUGUGGGUAUUUGGUCCAAAUUAACAGUUUUGGUUUUAAAGUUAUUUAAACGUGAUCUUGUAAUGGUUGUGAGGUUAGUUUUUGCAUUUUGUUGUUUGGGUUUUUUUUUUUUCUGGAGUCACAGUAUGGUGCAUAGUGAGCCACCCAGCAGAGCAGCAGUCAAAGCAUCUUCAGGGUCACUAAAA